AUGCCAUCCAGACCAGUCGAUUUAAAUCAGGUUUGGGUCAACUGUUCUAAAUGUCAUAAACCUUAUAGCAGCAACUCGGAAACCGAAAACGGGAAAUUUUGGUUGACCUCAUGUGCACAUAUUGUGUGUAGCAAGCACUGUAAUGGCAGCACUACGGUGUGUCCCGUUUGUGGGAUAGAGAGGGUGUCAGUGCUUCCGUUGGAUGAUGAUUCAUCGAAAUUGCCGACCGAAGUUCAGUCGUUUUUUAAGCCGUUCACUUCACAGCUCGAGCCUUUGUAUACGGUAGCGAACUUUCAGUGGGACUCGAUGGUUCAGGUGUGUGGGUAUUAUCGCCAAAUGUGUGUGAAACUACAGGAAAAAUGCAACAGACAACGGGAGUUAUUGGUCCAAGCGAAGGAAGAAUUAGAUAAAUACACCGCUUUAAAAAACGAACUCCGAAUGGGUAAAAGUGCUACUGUGGCACCCUUUUCAGGGUCUCAAACUGUUAGUAGGAAUAUAUUCAAUGCAAGAAAUGAUGUGAGUUCGGAAAACCACGAGUCCUUCGUUAGUAAAUUACAAAAUUCGCACAGGUUGUCGAAACCGUCGCGAAGUCUGGUCAAUGGGCAAGAGCCCACUUCUUCUUCUUCUUCUUCUUCUUCCAGCAUUACAAAUAUCCUUGCAGAAUCCACGUCAAUAAAUAAGAUCCAUCAAAUAGAAGACCCUAUUGUACCGACAACACCCCAGACAACCGUGAUGAAUACCUCGUCAAAGAGCACAAACUCUUAUUCAAAACCGCUUUCAAAACAGGGGGCCGUGUCUAAACCACUUCCCAAUGCUUUGGAAAGAUUGAAGUUAAGGAGAAGCAGCACCUCGACCAUAUCGUCGAGAGGCAUACUAUCGUACAUGCGAAUAAACUCGUCUCAGACAAGCACAGGGAUAAACUCUAGAAGUAAUAUUAAUUCCUCUAUAUACUCGCGAAACCAAUUCAAAAAGUGA